AUGGAGAACAGAAUAGGCGCCGGAAACGGUAAUACUCAACGCCACCAUUCCAAAGACUCUCCGUCUUUGUUUCCAACAUCUGGGUCUUUUUCUUUCCCACAAAAUUCUUCCCAAAACCAUUCUCGAUACACAAAUCAAUCGCCAAGAAAAGCAAAUAGCCCUUUUUAUCCUUAUCAAACUCUAGAUUCAGCUUUCUCUGGUCUCGAUCUUUCUUCAUCUCGUCGCGAUCAACAGUUCUCCUCUCCUCCAAGGAGUCUCUACGAUGAAGCUGGUUAUUCUACUCCGCUCGAUGACCGGAUCUUCGGCGAGGAUUUUCUGCGGUUUUCUUUUCAUGGAAGAGAGCAAACGAAUUGGAGCUUGGAAAGGUCUAGGGUUCAAAACGCCGUGAACGGUCAGUUGGGUGAUUUUGGUGGGACCCAUCGAGAUCCGAUGGUGGGGUCGGAGAGUUGGCAGGGUUUACUUACCCCUUCUAAUUCAAUGGCUGUCGCUGGUGAGCCACGGUAUGGAGGCGACUAUGUGAAUCCUUGCUCUGACAUUAUUCUAAGAAAUAAUCAUGUGUCUUUCUUGCACCGCAAGGAACAAUUGCCUAGACAAAUUGGGACCCAAGUCCCAAAUACGUCCUGUUUGUACAGAGAUGGUUUUGAUACGAGAUUUAUGGGUAAUUUUGAGGGGCCAGUGAAUGGUUUUGUACCCAAUAAUUUGUAUAAUCAGACGCAAAAUUCGUAUAGUCGUUCUUUGUAUCAACUGUCGCAACAAUUGAAUUCAUUGUCUUUGGCGGAUUUGAGGGGAAACAUAGUUGCUUUGGCAAAAGAACAAUAUGGAUGUCGACUUUUGCAAAUGAAGUUUGAGGACCCGAAGGAGGAAGAGACUGAGAUGGUCUUAUCAGAGGUGAUAGACAAUGUUGUUGAUUUGAUGAAGAACCAAUUUGGGAAUCACCUUAUUCAGAAGCUUGUUGAGGUGUGCACUGAAGAACAGAGGACCCGUAUUGUUCUCUCUGUGACCAAGAUCCGAUUUCAACUCAUUGUUAUAUGCCUCAAUCCACACGGAGCUAGGGCAGUAAAGAAAUUGCUGGAGCAUCUUACUACUCCGCAGCAAAUCUCCUUGGUUUUGUCAGCUCUAAGCCCUGGUGCUGCGGUAUUGUCCAAUGAUCCUAUUGCACAUCAAGUGAUUCAGUAUUGCUUGAUUCGUUUCACAACUCAAGACACGAAGUCUCAGGGAGAAAAUAGAGAACUUCUAGUGGCUGAGAUAAUAGCAAACGCAAAGCAUCUAGCCGAAGAUUGUUAUGGCAACUAUGUGGUGCAACAUCUGCUGGGGCUGAGGAUUCCAGGAGUCACAGCAGCUCUUCUGAGACAGCUUGAAGGGAGUUAUGUGCACCUCUCCUGCAAUAAAUAUGCUAGUAAUGUUGUGGAGAAAUGUUUGACUGAAUCAACCGAAGAGCAUUCCACACGGAUUAUCAUGGAGUUGCUUCAAUGUCCGAAACCUUCCAUGCUUCUACUGGAUCCUUUUGGGAACUAUGUCAUUCAGUCAGCCUUAUCAAGUUCUAAGUCUCAGGGAGAAAAUAGAGAACUUCUAGUGGCUGAGAUAAUAGCAAACGCAAAGCAUCUAGCCGAAGAUUGUUAUGGCAACUAUGUGGUGCAACAUCUGCUGGGGCUGAGGAUUCCAGGAGUCACAGCAGCUCUUCUGAGACAGCUUGAAGGGAGUUAUGUGCACCUCUCCUGCAAUAAAUAUGCUAGUAAUGUUGUGGAGAAAUGUUUGACUGAAUCAACCGAAGAGCAUUCCACACGGAUUAUCAUGGAGUUGCUUCAAUGUCCGAAACCUUCCAUGCUUCUACUGGAUCCUUUUGGGAACUAUGUCAUUCAGUCAGCCUUAUCAAGUUCUAAGGGACCCGUCCACGAUGCUCUUGUUAAUUUAGUUCGUAUGAAUGCUCACUCCAUGCAAACCAAUCUUUAUGGGAAGAAGGUCCUUGCUUGGUUUGACAAGAACAAGUGGCAACCUGUAUAG